AUGGCAAGCAACAGUAAGCAGGCCGCUCCCCAGCCGAACGAUUCUGUACUCCCGGACUCGUUAGCAAGGGACGAGAUACAGCAGUCCGCACCAUCCCAAGACGGUCCCGCGACCCAAGUCCAGUUUGCAACUCAAGAUGAAGGCGCAAGAAAUACGACUCAGACCCCAUACGUAGACGCAGCUCCUGCACGUCUGGAUUCCAUUAACAGCAACAUAGAUAGACAGAACAUUGUCCACGGCAAAAGGCACCGCAGGCCCGUGAUACCAUCCACGCAAAACCAACCUCCAGCACCACGUGCGAGAUCAAACGUGCCUGUUAAAGUUAAGAAAGUAGCCGUGAAAAAGGUAGCCACUGGGCGCGGCAAAAAUGUGCCUAAACCUAUCUCAAAGAAGGACCGCCAAGGACCUCGCAAGACCAAGGCUUCGGAAGGCGAGAACGAGGUCCAGAAUGAGAAUGCCAAUGACGCAGUACAAGGAGACGAACGCCCUGUGACUCCAGAGACAAUGAGACAUAGCAUCGCAAAUUUGGUUUCUCAAUCCCUCAACGUCGCAGAUAAUUUCGCCGUGUUCAUGCAAGGCCGUAUGGGCAAUGAAAUAGAGGCUACGGCAAUGAACGAAGAUCUUGCAGAGAUACUAUGGAAGAAAGGGACUAAAAGGCAGCCUGAGAAGGAGGAACAGGUGGUGGGCAAAGGCAUAAGGAGUGAGCUAGCUCCUGGGCUGAUAGGGCUGGGGGGAGAUGUGGUAAUGCACGAGGUUGUCGAAGCAAUUAUAAUAUGA